UUUAUAAACCUAUACUACAUAUAUAUAAGUCAUGUUUGCUUCAGAAUUUAAAAGUGUGUUUUUACUUAUUUUUUAACUAAAAAGAAGAGUUCAAUUCAUACAUGGGUAUCUAUAUGCUUGUGGAGAUGAUUCAACAUGCAAAGCAAAUCUUACGAUUGCGGUCUCAUCUUAAAUACAACUACUCAAAGCACCAUUUUUCACGAAAAAGUCCCAAGAAAAUUGUUCAUCGUGUCCCAAAAGGUCAUUUUGCAGUGUAUGUUGGUGAUAAGAAGGAAGAUGAAUGUAUAAGGCGGUUUGUGAUUCCAAUAUCAUACUUGAAGCAACCUCUCUUUCAAGCCUUGUUGAGUCGUGCUGAGGAAGAGUUUGGUUUUGAACACCCAAUGGGAAAUAUUGUUAUUCCAUGUGCCAUUCAUGAUUUUCUUACACUCACUUCUCAUUUCGAUGCAUUAUAAUUGUUACAUAAAAGUGGACAAAGUUCAAUUGUAAACUAAAACUGUUUUAAAUCUGAAUCCAAUCAGUUUUUAAUUCUAAAAAA